AUGCUCCUGGUCGACCUCCUCUUGCUGCUCCUCCUCGCCCUGGAGGGGGUCGGGGGCAGCGGCAGGCCUUUCCGUGCCUUCACGGUGACUGACACCACCCUCACCCACCUGGCUAUGCACCGGGUGACCGGUGAGGUGUUCGUGGGUGCAGUGAACCGUGUCUUCAAGUUGGCCCCCAACCUGACUGAGCUGCGUGCCCACGUCACGGGCCCCGUCGAGGACAAUGCCCGCUGCUACCCACCCCCCAGCAUGCGGGUCUGCGCCCAUAGCCUGGCCCCUGCGGACAAUGUCAACAAGCUGCUGCUCAUCGACUACGCAGCCCGGCGCCUGGUGGCCUGUGGCAGCAUCUGGCAAGGCGUCUGCCAGUUCCUGCGGCUGGACGACCUGUCCAAGCUGGGUGAGCCGCACCGCCGAAAGGAGCAUUACUUAUCAGGGGCCCCGGAGCCCGACGCCAUGGCAGGUGUCAUUGUGGAGCAGGGCCAGGGGCCCAGCAAACUCUUUGUGGGCACCGCCGUGGAUGGCAAGUCCGAGUACUUCCCCACCCUGAGCUCCCGCAAGCUGCUGGGCGACGAGGACAAUGUCGACAUGUUCAGUCUGGUCUACCAGGAUGAGUUCGUCUCCUCCCAGAUCAAGAUCCCCUCAGACACACUCUCCCUGUACCCUGCCUUCGACAUCUACUACAUCUAUGGCUUUGUCAGCGCUUCCUUCGUGUACUUCCUGACCCUGCAGCUGGACACUCAGCAGACGCUCCUGGACACGGCUGGCGAGAAGUUCUUCACCUCCAAGAUUGUGCGCAUGUGCGCCGGGGACUCAGAGUUCUACUCGUACGUCGAGUUCCCCAUCGGCUGCUCCUGGCACGGCGUGGAGUACCGCCUGGUACAGAGCGCCCACCUGGCCAAGCCGGGCCUGCUGCUGGCGCAGGCGCUGGGCGUGCCGGCCGACGAGGAUGUCCUGUUCACCGUCUUCUCCCAGGGCCAGAAGAACCGUGCCAGCCCACCACGGCAGACGCUCCUCUGUCUCUUCACCCUCCGCAGCAUCAACGCCCACAUCCGCCGCCGCAUCCAGUCCUGCUACCGCGGGGAGGGCACGUUGGCCCUGCCCUGGCUCCUCAACAAGGAGCUCCCCUGCAUCAACACCCCCAUGCAGAUCAAUGGAAACUUCUGUGGGCUGGUGUUGAACCAGCCCCUGGGAGGCCUGCAUGUGAUUGAGGGGCUGCCGCUGCUGGCCGACAACACCGAGGGCAUGGCCAGUGUGGCUGCCUACACCUACCACCAGCACUCAGUGGUCUUCAUUGGCACACGCAGCGGCAGUCUGAAGAAGGUGCGGGUUGAUGGCUCCCAGGAUGCCCACCUCUAUGAGACAGUCCCUGUGGUUGACGGCAGCCCCAUCCUUCGAGAUCUGCUCUUCAGCCCUGACCACCAGUACAUCUACCUCCUGAGUGAGAAGCAGGUAAGCCAGCUCCCAGUGGAGACCUGUGAGCAGUACCUGAGCUGUGCCGCUUGCCUGGGCUCCCGGGACCCACACUGUGGCUGGUGUGUGCUGCAGCACAGGUGCUGCCGAGAAGGGGCCUGCCCGGGUGCCUCUGCCCCUCAUGGCUUUGCUCAGGAGUUGAGCAAGUGUGUCCAGGUGCGGGUUCGGCCCAACAAUGUGUCGGUGACGUCGCUGGGGGUGCAGCUGACGGUCGCUGUGCACAAUGUGCCUGACCUGAGUGCGGGCGUUAGCUGUGCCUUCGAAGAGGUGACCACAAGCGAAGCUGUCCUGCUGCCCUCGGGCGAGCUGCGCUGUCCCUCACCCUCCUUCCAGGAGCUCUGGGUGCUCACCAGGGGGCAUGGGGCUGCCCGCACCGUGCGGCUGCAGUUGCUCUCCCUGGAGACGGGUGUACGCUUCGCCGGGGCCGACCUCGUCUUUUACAACUGCAGCAGCCUCCAGUCGUGCAUGUCCUGCGUCGGCAGCCCUUACCCUUGCCACUGGUGUAAGUACAACCACAUGUGCACCAACCACCCCCACGAGUGCUCUUUCCAGGAGGGCAGGGUCCACAGCCCGGAGGGCUGCCCUGAGAUCCUGCCUGGCGGGGACCUCCUGAUCCCUGUUGGCGUUGUGCAGCCGCUCACUCUGCGGGCCAAGAACCUGCCGCAGCCUCAGUCAGGCCAGAAGAACUACGAGUGUGUGGUCCGCGUGCAGGGCCGGCAGCAGCGUGUGCCCGCCGUGCGCUUCAACAGCAGCAGCGUGCAGUGUCAGAACGCGUCGUAUUCAUACGACGGUGAUGAGUAUGGGGACACAGAGCUGGACUUCUCUGUGGUCUGGGAUGGAGAUUUUCCCAUUGACAAACCUUCCAGCUUCCGAGCCCUCCUGUACAAGUGCUGGGCGCAGCGCUCAAGCUGCGGCCUCUGCCUCAAGGCCGAUCCCCGCUUCAACUGUGGCUGGUGCAUCUCAGAACACAAGUGCCAGCUGCGUGCCCACUGCCCGGCCCCCAAAGCUAAUUGGAUGCACCCGAGCCAGAAGAGCCCUCGCUGCAGUCACCCUCGGAUCACGCAGGUCCACCCACUCAUGGGCCCCAAGGAGGGGGGCACUCGGGUCACCAUCGUGGGUGAGAACCUGGGCCUCAGCUCUCGGGAGCUAGACCUGUGGGUGGCUGGCGUGCGCUGCAAUGCUGUGGCCACCGAAUAUGUCCGUGCCGAGAGGGUCGUGUGUGAAAUGGAAGAGUCGCUGGUGCCCAGCCCACCGCCAGGGCCUGUGGAGCUGUGUGUUGGCGAGUGCUCAGCCGACUUCCGCACACUGUCGGAGCAGCUCUACACCUUCGUGACCCCCACCUUCCAUGGCGUGAGCCCAGGCCGGGGCCCAGCGGCGGGGGGUACACGGCUCACCAUCACAGGCAGCUCUCUAGAUGCCGGCAGCCAGGUCACAGUGACUGUGCGAGACGGCGAGUGCCAGUUUGUGAGGAGAGACGCCAAGUCCAUCAUCUGCCUCUCGCCGCUCUCCACCCAAGGCCCCAGCCAGGCCCUCAUCACCCUCGCCAUCGACCGUGCCAGCAUCUCUAGUCCCGGCGUCAUCUACACCUACACCCAAGACCCCACAGUCACACGCCUUGAGCCAACUUGGAGUAUCAUCAAUGGCAGCACUGCCAUCACCGUAAGUGGGACUCAUCUGCUGACAGUCCAGGAGCCCCGGGUCCGUGCCAAGUACCGGGGCAUUGAGACCACCAAUACGUGCCAGGUGAUCAAUGACACAGCCAUGCUGUGCAAGGCGCCUGGCAUUUUUCUGGGGCGGCCACAGCCGAGGGCCCAAGGAGAGCACCCUGACGAGUUCGGCUUCCUGCUGGACCACGUGCAGACGGCACGCUCCCUCAACCGCUCUGCCUUCACCUACUACCCCGACCCUAGCUUCGAGCCCCUAGGGCCCUCCGGUGUCUUGGACGUCAAACCUGGCUCCCAUGUGGUGCUGAAGGGCAAGAACUUGAUUCCCGCUGCAGCAGGCAGCUCCCGCCUCAACUACACGGUGCUGAUUGGUGGCCAGCCGUGCGCGCUGACCGUCUCGGACACGCAGCUCCUGUGCGACUCACCCAGCCAGCUGGGCCGGCAGCCUGUCAUGGUGCUGGUGGGCGGCCUGGAAUUCUGGCUGGGCACGCUGCACAUCACGGCCGAGCGCGCACUGCCCCUGCCAGCCGUGGUGGGUCUGGCGGGCACGGGCCUGAGCACUCCCGGCUGCUUUCAUCCUAGGACGGAGUCAGUGGCCGAGAAGAUGCUCACUAACUGGUUCACGUUCCUGCUGCACAAGUUCCUGAAGGAAUGUGCCGGGGAGCCCCUCUUCCUGCUCUACUGUGCCAUCAAGCAGCAGAUGGAGAAGGGCCCCAUCGAUGCCAUCACCGGGGAGGCGCGCUACUCACUGAGUGAGGACAAGCUCAUUCGGCAGCAAAUCGACUACAAAACGCUGACCCUGCACUGUGUGUGCCCAGAGAGUGAGGGCAGCACCCAAGUUCCUGUGAAGGUUCUCAACUGCGACAGCAUCACCCAGGCCAAAGACAAGCUGCUGGAUACCGUAUAUAAGGGCGUCCCCUACUCUCAGCGCCCCAAAGCCGAGGACAUGGACCUGGAAUGGCGCCAGGGCCGAAUGGCCCGCAUCAUUCUCCAGGACGAGGAUGUCACCACCAAGAUCGAAUGUGAUUGGAAGAGAGUCAACUCACUGGCCCACUACCAGGUGACAGAUGGCUCCUUGGUGGCACUGGUGCCCAAACAAGUAUCUGCCUACAACAUGGCCAACUCUUUUACCUUCACUCGCUCCCUCAGCCGCUACGAGAGCCUGCUGCGCACAGCCAGCAGCCCCGACAGCCUGCGCUCUCGGGCGCCCAUGAUCACGCCCGACCAGGAGACAGGCACCAAGCUGUGGCACCUGGUGAAGAACCACGAUCACCUGGACCAGCGUGAGGGCGACCGUGGAAGCAAGAUGGUCUCUGAGAUUUACCUGACGCGGCUGCUGGCCACCAAGGGCACACUGCAGAAGUUUGUGGACGACCUCUUUGAGACCGUGUUUAGCACGGCUCACCGCGGCUCAGCGCUGCCAUUGGCUAUCAAGUACAUGUUCGACUUCCUGGAUGAGCAGGCCGACCAGCGGCAGAUCAGCGACCCCGACGUGCGGCACACCUGGAAGAGCAACUGCCUGCCGCUGAGGUUCUGGGUGAACGUGAUCAAGAACCCGCAGUUCGUGUUCGACAUCCACAAGAGCAGCAUCACGGACGCCUGCCUCUCGGUGGUGGCGCAGACCUUCAUGGACUCGUGCUCCACGUCCGAGCACCGGCUGGGCAAGGACUCGCCCUCCAACAAGCUGCUCUACGCCAAGGACAUCCCCAGCUACAAGAGCUGGGUGGAAAGGUACUACCGGGACAUUGCCAAGAUGGCAUCCAUCAGUGACCAGGACAUGGACGCCUACCUAGUGGAGCAGUCCCGCCUGCACGCCAGUGACUUCAACGUCCUGAGUGCCCUCAGUGAGCUCUACUUCUACGUCACCAAGUACCGCCAGGAGAUUCUGAGCGCCCUGGACCGAGACGCCGCUUGUCGGAAGCACAAGUUGCGCCAGAAGCUGGAACAGAUCAUCAACCUUGUGUCCAGCAACAGUUGAGGGUGCAGAAGUCGGGUGAGGAGGGGGCUUCCCAGUCCUGAGCCAGCCUCUCUCCAUGGGGCGGGGGUGGGGGCUCAUGCCUGGACCCCAGGUUGACACCUGCAGCGGGUGCAUGGGGGAUGCAAUGGACUAAUCUGCCCCCAGCCACCUGGGCCCCCUUCACUAGUGCCUUGCUUUGGGCCCUGGGGGGGAGAGGGAGGGCAGUGGAAAGAGGACCAAGCCCCCCAUCCCAGCAGCAGUAGCAGCAAUACCCCCACCCUCCUGCCCUGGUCCCAGGUGUGGCAAUAGCCCCUGCCCUCCUUCCUAUUUAUACCCCAAACACCUAUUUAUUUAAUUUAACUCCUCACUGUUUCCAUCUGUGAACAUGUGCCCCUCCUGGGAUAUGGCCCACCUCACCCACCUUCCUCUCCACCUGUCCUGGGUUUCUUGUGACAUUGCCAGCCGUGACCCAGCCCCUGGGACUUGUCUUUGCAAUGGCUGGCCCCAACCCCCUGGAAGGGGGUCCCGGCCCUAGCCAAAGCUCGCUGUGCUGAGGGUCCUGGCCCACUGGCCCCAGCUCCCCUCCACGCGUGACAGGAGGCAGACGCUGUUCUGAGGGGCCUGUUCUCUCUGAGCGGCAGGAGAGCAAGAACCAGGCCAGUGCUGGCAGACCUGGGCCUGAGGGCGCAGGGGGGCUUGCUCCUCCUGGCCCGCUGCCAAACGCCCUGGGUGUUGUCUGCACUGGCUGACACCCGGCCCUCUCGGCUGCCCUGUCCUGCGCCCGCCCCGAGGGGACGAGGCGGCAGUGCCUUACUCCUCCAUGUCUUCUGACCGUCUGUGGCCCAGAUCCCAGUCUUCUUCUCUCGGGUUGCAUGAUGUUUUCUUUGUUCGUGGAAUGGUUUCCUUUUGCUAAGUAAAUGUUGGGAAAAUGGA